AUGGCCUGCAAUUGCCGAACCUCGUCGUUGCGUAUCUUUGUGCAGAGCCUUACCCGGACCCAACUCUCUGGGACAGGCGAAAGAUCUGCAGGUUUCCUCAACCCGCGACCACUGGGCACAUACACCACCAAUGGCGGCGCCGUGAAAUCGUUUACUGCUGCCUCGGCAGCUCGCUACCCAAGGCAACAUCUACGCACCCUCGAUCGCGGUACCAGCGCCGUGACUGGCCAGGAAGUACCAUCACACGACACUUCAUACUACGCCUCGAAUACCGAUGCGGGCGCAACCAAUGCCUCGGCCUCUGACAUUGAAAAGGCGAGGCAAAGCAACGCUAUCUUCGACCUGUCACCAGAAGCCAUUGAUGCUCUCGCUGCGGACGCUUCACGGACUCCGAACGAGAAUGCCCUCUACGGCGAAGUCAAUGGCGGAUCGCAACAAGACCCCGAAGCAUACACGAGACGGAAGCCUGGCCUCUCGGGCCCAAGCAGGCUGAAGAGGAGCAAGAUCAUGCCUGCGGAGAAGCCGCGGCAGCACGACACUCAGGCAGCCAUCAAACAGAGAGAGUUGUGGCAGCUGCAAAAGGACGCGCUGAAGGAAAAGUUCCCCGAGGGCUGGAACCCGCGCAAGAAGCUCUCGCCGGACGCGCUCGAUGGCAUCCGGGCGCUACACACGCAGUACCCGCAAAUUUACACGACGGCGGCGCUGGCGAACCAGUUCCAGGUGUCGCCCGAGGCCAUGCGGCGCAUUCUCAAGUCCAAAUGGCAGCCGAACGCGCAGGAAGAGGAGAAGCGCCAGGAGCGCUGGUUCAACCGGGGCAAGAACAUUUGGGAGCAAAUGGCAGAGCUGGGCACCAAGCCGCCCAAGCGCUGGCGCGAGGCUGGCGUUACGCGUGAUGCUCGCUUCAACAAGAAGAAAGGGCCCAGGGUCGAAUAUCCAUAUGUCCCCCGGUGGAAAGAGGAGAGUGCCCAGAAGAAGCUGGGCGACAAUCUUAUGUAA